AUGGUUCACUGGACUUCAACAGAACCUGUGUUGUACUCCCUCACUUCAACUGGCCAACACCAACUCCGGAUUGAGCUGGAGGACUGGCACCAACAGCGACGCCAUGCUACCUACAACAACUUCAAAGUAGCUUCAGAGGAACAAAGGUAUCGUCUGACAGCACGGGAAUAUUCUGGUGAUGCAGGCAAUGCCCUGAGCUACAGCAAACGUUACAACCACGAUGGCAGACCUUUCAGCACUGCUGACCGAGACCAUGACCGCUAUGCAGCUGGAAACUGUGCUGAGUACUACAGUGCAGGCUGGUGGUUUGAUGCCUGCCUGGCAGCUAACCUGAAUGGACGAUAUUACCACGGACGCUACGGUGGCUUGACCAACGGCAUCUACUGGGGGACGUGGUACAUCCUCACAGAUGGACGAACAGGAGAACGCUACUCCUUCAAGAGGGUGGAGAUGAAGACAAGACCCAGGAGCUUUGUGGGGACAGCCUAA